AUGUUGUUAUUCCUACUCUUCAUUUCUUUCACCUUCUCUCUUUCCGUUGAACCCAUCAACUGGACUCGAGACACAACAUACAAUAACGUCGUCUCACACAUCUAUUUUAAUGAAAACUCUCAGAACAAGUACACCGCUGCUUUACGUUAUGACCCCAGCACUCCACUCGCAAUCACAAUCGACAUGUUCCACCCAAAACUGUCGCAGAAGACUAUUAAAGUGACUGCGUCGUCUGUCGUUCGCCCACAAGUCUCCAUGUCGACUUCGAAGUUGUUCUUUUUGAAUGACGGGAAUGUCGAGGUGUGGAAUGUCAGCACAGCCUCGCCGACGCCGUUGAAAAUGCUCACGUUGACUGGCGUCGAUAAGAACUCGCCGCUCGCACUUUUGGAAAAGAACUUUACGGCGAACAAACCAUCAGUGUUUCUUUAUAUGUGUAAAGACUCUAAAAUCGCUAUUUACGACGAAAAUUUGAAGUUGGUGCAACAAACGGGAUUUCCAUGUGGAAGAUACAUGUCUGUGGGGAAUAACAUUCUUGCGGUCAAGAACACUACGCUCAUCGAGAUAUACACCGUCGGCAGCACUGGCGCACUGACCGUCAACACACAAACGGAAAUAACAGGAACUUCGGAGUCAGUGAUGUUGGACCCUAUGAUUGUGUCGAAGGCAGACAUUAUAUACUCUGUUGUCUCUGACCAAAAGAAGAUUCAAGUGAACUCACCAAAUAACUAUAAGACUGCUGUGUUUAUCGAGAACGUCACUUUUUAUGAUAACACUGCGGUAUCGACGGAAUACGCCCCCAUCUUGAAUAGUCUUGGAUGUUUCAUUGUUGUCGGUAGACUCGGCGCGAAGUCUGGAGUGAAUGAAGUUGCUGGCGCAGUCACGGUGUACUUUGAUAAGUAUUUUACUUCAGGAUUAACUGAUCCAAAACGGUUUGAAAAGAUGCACGAGGUGAAUGGGACAGCUACUUACUUCUACAAAGGAUACUCAGUUGCUAUGACUGAAGACACUUUGUAUGUUGGCGGUAAAGUCAAUUACUUGACUAAUGGAAGUCUUCAAGGACUCUCAAAUAAUGUCACUUUAGUCACUCAAAAGUGCUGCACGAAUGGAAAAUGCUUCUGCCAAGAGGGAUACUACUAUGUUGAUUCUGUUGGGAAAUGCUUGUUAAAUGUAGCACAUAAGAAGAACAGAACUCUUGUCUAUAUCCUUGCUGGUGUUGGUAUUGGAUUAUUGUUACUCUUCUUGAUUAUCAUUGUCGUGAUCAUCGUUGUGAUGUCGAAGAGAAACGAAAAGAAGAAAGUGGACGAAGAGAGUGGACCGAUUUUGGUGCCGUCAGCGGAAGGAGAACAACCAAAGACCGAUGAUUUUAAACCAUAA